UGUGAGUACAAACCGCUACGCAUCCAAGAAAGAUGCAAUGAGGGACUCCUUCGUCGCUAUUGUUCAGUGAAAUUCAUUUCAGUUUGCGUCCAGUCAUUUUCACGCCAAUACCCUCCAGAACAAGCCAGUGUCGUAGCUAUAAGUGUAAUACAUUUAGUUAUUUCCUCCGCUACAUUUUUAAUUGACGUUCGUCCCUGUUGCUAGUCAAUGCUAAUGUUAGCUAGCUAACUUGUUCAUAAGUGAUAACAACAAACGCCAACGUCAGCCUCUGCAACAAAGACAGUGUUUGCAGGUAGAAGCCCGGCACAAUGGCCUUGUCGGAGACUGAGAAUGGAUGUCCCGGUGGUGAGGGAGGAGAGUCCAUCGUUCAAACGUGCGUGUUGGGAGGCUUCAGUGAGAGCAGUGAGACCAAAGCUCUCCUCUCCAGCCUACUGGAGGUCCACGGCGACAUUGCGACAACCGAGUCCGCCACACAGAGGUUCUUAGUGAUAAUGAACAGAUAUCAAGAGCAGCCUCAUCUGCUGGACCCACACUUAGAAUGGAUGCUGGACAUGAUACUGGAGUUGGUGAGGAGUGAAACAUCUCCUGCUUCAUUGGUUCAUUUGGCCUUCAAGUUUCUCUACAUCAUCUGUAAGGUCAGAGGCUACAAAAUCUUCAUGCAGCUUCUCCCCCAUGAGGUGGCAGAUGUCCAGCCAGUCCUGGACCUGUUGUCCAAGCAGGAUCCCAAGGACUCUGAGACUUGGGAAACUCGCUACAUGUUGUUGUUGUGGCUGUCCAUGACCUGCCUCAUACCCUUUGACCUUUAUCGUCUGGAUGGUCAUCUGGGGUCAGAUGGUGGAAAGGUCAGAGAGCCCACCAUGGACCGCAUUCUUGCUAUUGCAAAGUCUUACCUACUCGUCAGUGAUAGUCCUCGGGAUGCUGCAUCUGUACUGGUAUCAAAGUUCAUGACGCGCCCCGAUGUGAAGCAGAAGUGCCUCGGAGAGUUUUUGGACUGGAGCCUGACCGCUAUAUCCCAGACCAAUGAUCAGUCUAUGAGAGACAUUAUGGUGCUGGACGGUGCCCUGCAGUCUCUGGCAACGCUCUUCAAACAUGGAAAACGAGAUGACGUCCUGCAGUAUGCUCCUGCGGUUAUGCGGUGCCUGGAGCAGAAACGUCUGUCAGAGAGCAGCCAGGCCAUGCUGAGGAAGCUCGGGGUCAAACUAAUCCAGAGACUUGGCCUCACCUUCCUGAAGCCACGUUUGGCCGCUUGGAGGUAUCAGAGAGGCAACCGCUCACUAGCAGCAAACCUUUCCGCGUCCCAAUCUACGACGGUCUCUACCGCUGCGACUCCUGUAGCGGAGGCACGAGACAUGGAGGAGGACUAUGACAUUCCUGAGGAAGUGGAGACUGUUAUUGAGCAUCUGCUGUUAGGACUGAAAGAUAAGGAAACUAUUGUGCGCUGGUCUGCAGCAAAGGGCAUUGGAAGGGUGACUGGGAGGCUUCCCAAGGAGCUGGCAGAUGAGGUGGUUGGAUCAGUGCUGGACUGCUUCAGCUUCCAGGAAACAGACAAUGCUUGGCAUGGAGGCUGCCUGGCUCUGGCAGAACUGGGUAGGAGAGGCCUGCUGCUGCCUUCCAGGUUGACAGAUGUUGUGCCGCUCAUCGUGAAAUCCCUGACCUACGACGAAAAGAGGGGCGCGUGCAGCGUCGGCUCCAACGUGCGGGACGCUGCCUGCUACGUGUGCUGGUCAUUCGCCAGAGCUUAUGAACCCAAAGAGCUGGAGCCCUUUGUCACUCAGAUUGCCAGUUCUUUGGUGAUCACAGCCGUGUUCGACAGAAAUGUCAACUGCCGCAGAGCGGCCUCCGCUGCCUUCCAGGAGAAUGUCGGCAGACAGGGGACGUUUCCUCACGGUAUUGACAUCUUGACUGCAGCAGACUACUUCGCUGUAGGGAAUCUCAACAACUGCUAUCUGAACAUCAGUGUCUAUGUAGCGAGUUUCCCAGAGUACACCAAGGCCAUGAUAGAUCAUUUGAUAGCCAUGAAGAUCAACCACUGGGAUGGAGUGAUCCGAGAGCUCGCCACCAAAGCACUCCACAACCUGACGCCUCAAGCUCCUGAUUAUAUGGCUACAACAGUUUUGCCACAGCUGUUGCCCGUGGCAGUGGGUGUUGACCUCCAUGGCCGCCAUGGAGCCAUCCUAGCAUGUGCAGAGAUCACACACGCUCUGUACAAACUGGGCCUUCAGACCAACAGGACUGAGGUGGACAUCAUUUCUUCAGAAUGUGUGGAUGCAUUAAAGAACAUUCACCACACGCUUAAUGACAGGAAACAGUACAGGGGUUUUGGUGGAGAGCUAAUGAGGCCAGCAAUGUGCUGUCUUAUCGAAAAGAUGUCGCUGUCCAAAAUGCCUUUUAAGAACGAUCCCGUCAUCUCUGGCUGGCAGUGGCUCAUUGACGACACCAUCAAGAGUAGUGUGAAGGAUGCCAAUAUGGUUGCCAUCGUGUCGGCUUUGUCCGCUUUGUGUGAGGAGUACUACCAGUCCGAGCUCGGCACGGCGGACUCCCAAAUGCAGGAUGUCCUGGUGUCUCAGUACAUUGAAGGGCUGAAGAGUCACCAGAUGCUCACUCGUUGUGGAUCUGCACUGGCCCUCGGCUGUCUGCCAGGAUUUAUGAUCCAUGGAAAACUGAAGCAGAUCCUUGAAGGCCUCACACACAUGUGCACUGUCAGCCAGAAGGAGGGGACUUUUACAGAGUCGAGAAGAGAUGCAGUCAGAGCAAUUGCUCAAGUGGUUGUGAAGGUCGUCUGUGCCCACGGCUCCCCAGACUCCGCUCUGUGCUCGGAGAACGUCGCAGAGGUUUACGGCGCUCUGCUCAACCGCAUGAACGACUACACGACAGACAGCAGAGGGGACGUCGGCGCUUGGGUGAGAGAGGCAGCGAUGAGCAGCCUGAUGGAGGUGACUUUGCUGGUGGCCGGCAGCGCUCCGGAGAUCCUUCAGCCAGAUCUGGUGAAGUGUAUGAUGUGCUGCUUGGCCCAGCAGGCAGGAGAGAAGAUUGACCGCUACAGAGCCCACGCUGGCAACGCCUUCCUGCGCCUCCUCCACAGCACGGAGCCUGCAGUGCCGCACAUCCCCCAGCGAGAGGAGCUGAUGAGCAUUUUCCCCGUUGAGACCACAACCAGUCUGAACUGGAAUGCUCCAUCCCAGGCUUUCAAGUACAUCACCCAGCUGCUUGGACUCCCCCAGUAUCAGUACCACACCCUGCUGGGCCUCACUGUGUCCGUGGGAGGGAUCACCGAGUCCACAGUAGGUCAUCUGUGACGAGAGGAGUAGAAAAUUUGUCCAAUCAAGAGCAUUGUGACGUAUAGAUGGGUGAUAACUUUGAAAAAUAAAACGGAAAACGAAUGCCGACGAGAUGGUCACUGGAUGUUAUCGUAUGCUUUGGCUUUUGCAGUCACAACAGUCAUUGUUGUACUUUUGCUCAUCAACAAGCUGUUGCGUAGCGCAUUUCAUUCUCACAGUAACACCUGACUGCUCGUUCUGUGGUGCAUCAAGUUGGCUCAGUCAGCUCUUUUUAGGCCAACAGAGGGAGCCAUGUGUCUGAAGAAGUCACUGUAAUCCCAAACUCUAGAACGCCUGACUUUCAAUUCAUCAUUGUAAUCACAGAUCUCGGGCUGUGUUACUUUCACUCGUCUCACCGUGUCCCUGCUCGCGAUACUGUGGCAACCACCUGAGCACAACAAAUUGAUCCGACGGGUCCCUCGUGGUACUGGCAAGCGAGAAUUUCCCAUCAUUUGAAUCUCAUAACGGCUUAAAAGCAUGUCUGACACUUCCCACUCAUGACCCCUUACACAGAAUCACUCAGGAGGCUCAGCAGGAGGCUCAGCAGGGGCCCCAACAGGGGCCGAUCAGGUUCUCACUCCUGUUACAGUUUGACCUAACCCGUUACAGCCAAUGAAGGCUGUGAACAUCUUCCCCCCUCGGAGACGAUCUGGCUCUCGUCUUGAUUUUACCUCCUAUAUCUUUGCCACAGAUGCGUUCUCAAGGACCGAUAUGUUUGUACUGGAUUGCAUGCCAGGAAACUGAGCCAAUGCUGCAUUAAUGCACGAGCCAAGAUUACCAUUCUCACACCACAGGCACACAUUCACACAGGCCAGAGAGAGGCGGAGCGUCCGAGAACUGCCUCAAUGUAGAGAUCGUAAGGCCGCGCUAAAGCCAAACAACAGAAACAU